AAUAUUGCUUCGUCUAUCAUUCCACUCAGACAAACAAAACAUCACAUUUAUCAAAGAUUUAUCGCAUGAAACACCUACGUUUUCGCGAGAUGAAGAACUGAUGUUAUGGAAAAGAACUGUGGCUAUUCAUCUUAUUGCUUCUCUUAUGUAUCUUUACGGGUUUUCCGAUGGAAAUAAGGUGUCAAAAAGCUGUCUGUGUCGGACGCUCGUUUCUGCCACAACAGUGCAUUGGCACUGAACUAGAAGCGUUGUCUUCAAAAUCUUGUACAAAACGUCUAGCUUACAUAGAAACAAUGCCUGGAAAGUAGGUCGAGGUAGUUAUUAAUAAUGGCGAAACAGCCUGCAAAAGAUACCGUAUAUCGUGAAGAGCUGAGCUUGUUUUUAAAGCAGCUUUCGCUAGAUUAUUUGGACAAUGUUUUUCCAUCAACCAUGAACCUACAGCAGUUCAGAGCGUUAACGGAGGAUGAAUUAGAGCAAAGUUUUCAUGUUAAAAACGAGAAAGACCGGGAAAAGUUGAUGAGAGCUGUGAACACAUCGAGGGAAGAUUAUAGCGAUGAAGAGGAUGAGUCUGAUUCCGAGUCCAGCCUACUGUCUCACACCUUACCUAAUGACUUCAAAGUAUCAGGAAAAGCUGAUAACCAUGAGAGAAAACUGGGAAAAAUGGAAAGCUUUGCAUUCUUCAACAGCCAUGAGGAAACAUCAAAUCUACUCAAAAUGAGAUCCAAUUCAAGUUUAGGAAGCUCUGAACCUAACCUACGUGCAUUAUCAGAAAUGAGCAAUAGAAAAUAUGGUGUUCCAAGCAGCCGUAGACAACGGAAGAAUUUUAGUUCUGGCAUCAGGACGCCCCCUCAAGCCAGAUCUCCCAGAGGUUGGGAAAGUCCGUCUGGUAGUCCGUUGCCUGGUUCUUCUCUGUCUUCAGUUCCUCAUUUCAAUUUCCCGAUUUCCAGAUGUCGUGACAGUAGAAGAUGGUCUGUAACAUCAUCUGGUUAUGGAACAACACCUUAUUCUUCAUACUCGUCUUUAACGUCUUCUCAAGAAAGACUGAAUCAGCUGCCGAAUAUUCCUUCUUUUGACGACUUGCACUUCAGUGAUUUUGACGAUGAAAGGUUUGGUGAUGCUUUUCCACGUCGGGGACGCUCUCGUAGUUUGAGUCCUCCAAGACAUACUUUUGAAUCAAGUGAGAUUUUCACCUCAACGUCGUUAUACAAAGAACGUUUUCCAAAGGCUGUUGAACAAAUGGAAGGACAACUUCAGGAAUUUAUUUCAAAUCAUUUGGAAGAAGACAAUGAAGUAAAGAAAAUUGGAGAUGGUGUCUCAAAUUUUUUUCUUGUUCAGGUUGUAGAAGCGGCUCGUGAUUGUUUAAAGAAAUCGAAAGAUGGUCUCUUAUCCAGUGGAUAUUUUAUAGAUUUAAGUGAUAAUUUACAGCGAUUGCUGUACGAGGCCCGUUCCAAAACAGACAAUGAUACUCCAGUUAUAAAAGUAUUCCGCCAACUGUUCAUAAUAGUCUCAAGAGUUGCCCGACUGCUGUCUUGUUUGGAAUUCAAUGCUGAAGAAUUUUACAAUGAUUUGCAAGCUACCGAAGUUCGUUCAGAUGAGCUGGAAACAUAUGUUAAAAGUAGAUUAAAUGUUAAUCAUUCCGGACAGACGUCACCAAAACAGGAGGUUUCGCCCAACAAUCAGGACUCACCGCGGAGUGAAGCUCCACCUUCGGAAGACGAUUUUGAAUAUAAGAAGUUAAUUAGUAACGGUGCUUUUGGGGCUGUGUAUUUAGUUAGACAUCGAAAAACAGGAAUACGAUUUGCUUUAAAGAAAAUGAACAAACAAAGUAUGAUCUUAAGAAACAAGGUCAGUCAGGUUUUUGCCGAACGAGAUAUUCUCGAAUUUGCAGACAAUCCAUUUGUGGUUGGAAUGUGGUGCAGUUUUGAGACCAAGAAACAUUUUUGUUUGGUGAUGGAGUAUGUUGAGGGAGGUGAUUGCGCUUCUUUGCUCAAAAACAUUGGUUGUUUACCUGCUGAUCUUGCAAGACAAUACUUUUCCGAAACCGUUCUUGCUCUGGAGUACAUACAUAGUUAUGGAAUAAUUCACCGGGAUUUGAAACCUGACAAUUUACUUAUAACUUCGCUGGGUCAUAUCAAGUUAACCGACUUCGGGCUUUCGAAAAUCGGUCUUAUGGAAAUGACGACGCAUCUUUACGAAGGUUCAAUGGAAGCUAAAGACAGAAAACAAUUUACUGAUAUGCAGGUGUUUGGCACACCAAAUUAUAUUGCUCCGGAAGUUAUUCUUCGUCAAGCCUACGGUAAACCGGUUGAUUGGUGGGCGAUGGGUAUCAUUCUUUAUGAGUUCCUUGUUGGUUGUACUCCGUUUUAUGGAAACACCCCAGAAGAUCUGUUUAACCAUACAUUGAGUGGUGACAUUGAUUGGAAUACCGAUGAUGAAGUUGCUGAUGAUGCUAAGCAGUUAAUUAUUCGUCUACUUGAAGAAGACCCCGAGAGACGUUUAGGUGACCAUGAAAUAAAGAUCCAUAUAUAUUUCGCUGGACUGGAUUGGGAUGCUCUAUUGAGGCAAAAAGCCGAGUUUAUUCCACAGUUAGAUGACGAAGAGGACACUAGCUACUUCGAUACUCGACUGGAUCGUUACAACCAUUCUCUUGAAAGUGAUGAUGAAGAAGAUCAAGCGGUAUUGGACUUCGGUAGCUUCUCAACCUGCUCACCGCGUUAUUCAAGAAUAUGUAACUCACCAUCGCCCCUUGCGUCUUCACCUGUCUCGCCAGUCAGCCAGGAUAUGUUUAAUGAUCUUAAAUCCAGUGAGAAAACUAUUAGAAGGACCUACAGUGAAGGCAGCAACUCUCCUCCUACUGUCCGCCGUCGUAGUAAAACGGAAACACAUGUUAAAGGCUUUAGGGACAGAGCGGACACAAACAAUUCCUUCAGCGAUCGUCAAGACAGUGAUGAUGAUAGUAUCUUAGAUCCUGAACCAACAAGAUUAUCAUAUACUGGUUCUGAAUCUACGGAGGAAAACAAGAUUACGUCACCUCAACGAAGAAUUGCUCGACCGGAAUCAAGUCUCGCGAAAGAAAGUAACAGUUUCAUGAUUUCUGCCAGUACAAUCAAUCUUCGAGAACAGCAACCUCCUACGAUAUCUGCUCCGCCAGAGAUUUCAAAACCAAGAACAUGGUCUCGAAGAACUGGGGCUAAUGCCCCUGUUCCACAUCUACUAAUGCCCAAGCCCCUAGAAAUUGAAAUUGAUUCCAAAAACCCAUCUUCUGCUCCGUCUUCUCCAACAAAGUCCCAGAAAUCCCCAUUACGACGCCUGAGGUCCCUACCUACCAAUCAAGCCAAGGCAAAUAAGGAGACAAACAGAAUUCCAAGGCUACGGUUACCAGAAGAAGAUGGUUGUAGUUCCAGUCCUCCAAUGAGUCCUCGAUCUCCACCGAUGUCUCCACGUCUAAUGCGCAAGCCAAGUAUUAAAAUGACAGCCCGUCAUACAAUUACAUUCAAAAAAUCAGCUAAUGGAUUAGGAUUCUCUUUGGAGUCCAUUCGUGUGUAUAUUGGUGACUCAGAUUACUUCAUAGUAAAUCAUUUGAUAAAGGAUGUCACUCCUGAUAGUGGAGCCGCUGAAGCAGGGUUACGAGCUGGAACAUUGUUAACUCAUAUUGAUAAUAAGAAUGUCCAUGGCCUGAAUCAUCGUCAAGUCAUUGAACUAUUGCUUAGCAGACAGGUUGUACUCAAAUUAACAACAAUUGAAUUAUCUCAAACGACCAUCAAGCGUGGAGGAAGAAAGCGAUAUUCGUCAGUCGGUAAGCGAGUUUCAAAACGCUCGUCAUUUCGGAACCACAAACGAACUACUAGUAAUCAAUCUUUGAGUGGUGCAGAAGAGCGAACGAGAAAGAAUUCAAUAAUAAGAAGAUGCAGUAGCUUCAAGCGAAGUACGUCCCCAAGAGGCGUUAGACGAGCGAGUUCACUCAAGAGAACGUCGUCAAAUGUCGAACGUGGGUCGUCAGGUUCACGUCGGUUGCCUUCGUCAAUGAUCGUGUCAUCUUCGCAGAGUAGUAGUCCGUCGUCAUCACCAGGAGGGUCGGGAACCCAACUAUCACGACCAGGUGCGCUUCAUAACUAUUCGAAACAGUUAAGCAGGCGGAAAUCGUCUACCCACGGCCAAGCUCCAUUAUCUCCUCUAGCAAGAACACCGUCUCCUUCAGUCUCGCCGUCACAACAGAAAUCACCAAAACGCAGCUCUUCUCCCCUUGCUGCUAGAACUUCUUUAUCCCCAAUCCAUCCUAGAACCCUAAAUGUAUCCUCGUCACCUUCCAACAGGCCUGCGUCACCGCUAUUGAGGCGAGCGCUGUCUCCAGAACGGUUUAAAACUGCACCAGCUGGACAAAUAAAGUUUGAGAUACAUCAUACAGACGACAAGAAAUUAAAGACCGCAAUGAGUUUUGAUCGCCCUGAUAUUGGUGGUAAAAAGAUUUGAUUUGAAAUUGUACAUCGUUUGAAACGACGUUGUACGGUUCAACAACGGAGUUAUAGAAUCAUAUCGCCAGGAAUAACCAGGCAGAGUGUACAAAAUAUGUGUGACAUUGCUCGACGCGUGUUAAAAUAAGUCGUGUUAAAAUAAGAGUAAAUUGGUAAUAUUGUGCAUCAGUAUACCGUUGCACCCAUGCAACAACACAGGAAUACUAUCAGAGGUGCGGGGAAGAGAUGAGGAAAUGCAUAACAAAUUAGAGAGUAAAGAACAAGAAGAAAAAGAAUGCCAUCAUCGUACAAUUUUGCACAAUGUAAUAAGUUUUGUUGCAGGUUUAGUUGGGAAAUUGGAAAACAAUGACACAUCUGACUGGAAUAGGGAUAGCAAACGAAGUGAAUGGUGCACCAGUGGUUGUAUUAAUGGUAGUACUAAUGUUGGUACUAGUUGCGGAUAACGUAGUAAAUAU